AUGACACAACAACUUUGCUCAACGCCGUUGACAAACGCUUUCGGUCAGACCCUCAAUCUGAGUGAGGCCGACUCCUCUGGUUGUAGGAGAUGGGCGGUGAAUACCUGGAGCAUUCACACUCACACACCCAACAACAAAUGGCUCUGCCAAUAUACGUACACAUGA